ACCAGAAGUUUAACCUCACUUUAGUGAUGACUUAAUCUCCAUCAGGUCAUUAUCGUAAUCAUUUCAGACACACGCCAAACAAAGGCGGCCUGUUAUUGUCUCUCUGAGGCCGGCAUUGGCGUUGGACAGCGACGGCUCACUGCAUCUAUUGGAUUAUGGGAGGGAUUUCAAACUAGGAUUAGGCCAUUGGGCUGCGGACAGCAUGGGGGGUGCGUGAGCUUUCUCAUCACGGCGAGGGGGGGGGGGUGUUAGGGUGUUUGAGCGGGAGGGCGGUGGUGUGUGAAAGUGUGUUUACGUAUCCCAGAGUUCACAGGGUGUGCAGCUCGGCUCCACUCGGCUCCGUCGUCUCUUUGGCCGGGACACUUCCAACAUGAACCUGUUCUGCUUCACACUGGAGGGCUCCACAGAAAGCAUCUAUGAACCCCCCUACAGACAAACCCUGAAGGACGUCCUCCCCAGCUACCAGUGCAGCCCGUCUCUUCACAGACGGAAGCCUGAAUGGGGCGGCUCAGAUCCAGCCAUCACCUCUGACCGACCACAGAGCACAGCAGAAGUAAAGUGGGAUAACAGAAGGUCAUGUGUGCCAACAUCACCCUCGGAGAAUGAAACGUUAGACAGAGACAUUAAUUAUUCCUGCUGCAUGUCAUCAGGUGACAACAAGGACUUCUCUCAUCAAAUGAAAGAGACGUGUAAAGCUUCCCGUCAGAGCAGCGUGUCGACCAGAGAUGACCGAGUGAAGGAACUGGACUCUGACAGGACACAGACGGAUCUACCAGCUCAGGCUGGUGAAACUGCAGCUGACACAACAGAAUCACUACACACCACAGGAAGACUGAAGAAGUUACAGAACCUGGUUCAGACUAAGACGGGACAUCCGAGUGGAGCCGGAAGAAGGAAGAGGACCUCUGAGAAUCACGAUGUGUUGAGGAACAACAAUCCUGUGUUAACCUGCAUCGGCCUGGGGAGGAGAGCAGAGAAGAAGCCCUCUAAAGCUGCUGCAUCACCACAGCAGCAGGCCUCAGACGUCCACGGAGAGUCAGAAGAGGACAGAGUCUGGAGCCCCCGGCUCGGAAACUAUCUGUGGAACCCGUUUGAGUGUCCGCAGCCCUGGACCCCCUUCUACCACACCUGUCACCUACCUCAACACAAGCUGUCGGUGUGUGCCGGCACCCCGUCGUCGCCCCGGACCUCAGAGUGGGAUCGCUUUGAGAGUCUGAUCCAGGAGCUGGACAGCAGACAGUCUGAUCCGUCUCCUCCAGAGAUGAUCGGCUCCAUCACGGAUCUGCAGCAGCUCUCUCAGAACACAUUGACCAGAUUUGGGAGAUUUGAAGCGUGCAGACAGCCGUCGCCUUUAAUGAAACCACGGGAUGAUGCAGGCGCUCCGAAGGAGCAGAGUAGAGAUCCAUCCAACCAGAGGAGGAAGACGGAGACGGAGACCUCACCACAUCGUGACAGGAAGCACGUCGAGGCCUCACCUGAGAAAACGCUGACAGCCAUCACUAGUGGAAACACACAGAGAGAUGAAGCAGAGAAGAGGAGGGUUGGUGGAGGAAGAUCGUUUAGUAAAGGACGCAGGCGGUCCAGGAACUCUCUGGAAAGCCUCUACAGCCUCACCAGUGGACAAAGCUCCUCCAGUGGAGUCACCAGCGGGUCGGGCUGCUCCAGUAACAGAGACAGUCUGAGGCUGGAGGACGAUCUGUCGUACACAAGACAGCUCUGUGGUCGAGCUAAAGUCCAUACGGACUUUGUGCCAAGUCCAUAUGACACCGAAUCCCUCAAACUCAAGGUGGGAGAUGUGAUCGACAUAAUCGCCAAGCCCUCCAUGGGAAUCUGGACCGGCAUGCUGAACGGCAGGAUGGGAAAUUUCAAGUUCAUUUAUGUGGAUGUGCUAACGGAGGAGACACAAAGCCACAGAGUGACACUCAAAUCAACCGUCCAGGAAGUGUUGAAGCGCCUCAGUAUGGAGGAGCAUUUGUCUUCUCUCCAGCUGAACGGUUACCAAACAGUAGAGGACUUGAUGAGGCUGAGGGAGCAUCACCUGACGGAGCUGAAUGUGACUGAUCCGGAGCACCGGCAUCGUCUGCUCGCCGCUGUCCGCUCCCUGCAGCGACUGCACACUGAGAGUCAGUCGGAGAACGAGGCCAAUCGGGAGGCCGAGAACACGAAGGCAGAUAUGAACAACUGCCCGAGAGACUCCGGCUGCCACAUGCCAUCUGACAGCCCCGACAGCUGCCCAGAGGACCCGGACCUUCCCUUCAUCUCCGAGUACCCUCGACCAGCUGAGACGGCAGCUUCCUGAGGAGAACCCAGUCUCCUGUAUUCCUCAUGCUGCUGCUGAGAUGACGAGGGAAUGAAAACAGCAUCAUUAUGUACAUUAACACGUCCAUGCUGAGCCUUUACCCACGGUCACUCUCAACUCCAUCCCUGUGUGUGUGUCAACAUGUUCACUUGUUUCCUGAAAUAAAAGAUUUUAUGAAUCA